AUGAUCGAAAUAGGAGAAUUGAAGAGGACUGUAAUUUUUUGCUCCGACAAAAUAAUUGAUUUUGAGAAUAAACUUCUGCAUUUUAAUGAUGUAAUAGCAGCCGUGUCGAAAUUGGAGAGCGAAAAUAGUAAUCUCAAAAAAGAAGUAUCGCUUCUUAAUGCAAAAAUCAACAACAUCGAAAAACAAAAUAGACAGAAUAACAUUGAGAUACAGAAUGUCCCCUAUAAGUCUGGUGAAAACCUGAUUGAGAUGGUUAAUUCCAUUGGGUCGUCUAUGGGGGUCCAAGUUGAGCCCAGAGCGAUCGAUUAUGUCACCAGGGUUCCAACAUCAGUCAAGGAUAAACAUAAGAAUAUUAUAGUUCGAUUUUCCAAUAAAAAUGAUCGUGAUAAUUUUCUGGCUAACUACCGUAAAAAGCGUGCUACGAUGGGUAGUACUCAUGCUGGCAUAACGGUGUCGAAUGUGGCCGAUAGACUCUAUAUAAAUGAACAUCUUACAUUGGCCGACAAGAUAAUUUUUAAGCAGGCUCGUGAGCUGGCAAAACAUAAAGGAUAUAAAUAUGUGUGGACACACAAUGGAAAUGUUCUCAUUCGUAGGGAUGACAAUUCAAGGAUCAUCCACAUAUCUUCUGAGAACGACAUAUCUCGACUUUAA